UUUACCUGGUGAGGCCCUUCAGGAAGCUGCCCAGGCUUCGUACUUCGUUAAGGCUCCAUUGUGGUUUCAUACAGAUGGCUUUUGCUUCCCGCCUUUGGUCGUAGGCUGUUUCCUUGAGUUAUAUUUGGUUUUCCUUCCUCGGCAAAUGUAAAGAAAAGUCACAACCCUAAUGGGGAUAUAGGACCUCAGACAGUACUUGCAUACUAUAUGUAAAUCUUUGGGUUUCAUCCCUAGCUCCUUCUCAAACGAGAGAAAAAGAAAAACAGGAAGACCGACAAAGACAGAAAACCUUGAGAACCUGAUUUUUUUUCCUUCACCCUCUUCCUUUAUCUGGAUUUUUUUUUUUAAUGUGACUGAUCUUGGAGUAUCUCGAUAGAGGAAUUUUCUGACUUAUGCAUUCUUGCUGUAAUCUCUAGAAUGUGGAGAUGUUUCUACAACAAUUAUGUACAUGAUGCUCUUAGGACCUGGGACUCUGGAGCAAUAGAUCCCUAGUGACUUGAGAUGACCAGGGUAGUCUCUGACACCAAAUUUCUGCUGAUCGUGUCUGUCAUACCCUCUAUGUGAUAGAGGAAAUAAGGGACGUGUAAAAUUUAGAUUUUACAAGAGGAAAUAUUCUGAUGCUUUCUGUAAGUUAUUAUUUUUUGAUAAGUAACUAAGAACUGAUUCUUUGUUACAGAGAUUGAAUGACCAAAACAAAGAAGUGAAAUUAACCCUUGCUGUAAGCAUUCAUUUUCUUCUUGGUACCUGACUGCUGCUUUGUGGUGAAAUAACUUAAAAAAAGCUUGGAUCCUCACUGAUUUCGUGACAGGUCACAGUAAACAUAGGUGUACAGGAACCAUUUAUCAUGGAAGCCAGGGAACUUGGGAGUCCCACACCCAAUUAUCAUCUUCUCCCCAAGGCCAACCAGCACACUGUAAAAGAAGAUGUCAGCUCACCAUCUCAAGGGUCUCCAGAGACUAUGCAGCUGAAGAAGGAGAUCUCCUUGCUGAAUGGGGUCAGCCUGGUGGUGGGCAACAUGAUUGGCUCAGGGAUCUUCGUCUCACCCAAGGGUGUUCUAAAAUACACUGCUUCCUAUGGGUUGUCACUGAUUGUGUGGGCCAUUGGUGGGCUCUUCUCUGUUGUGGGUGCCCUUUGUUAUGCAGAACUGGGAACCACUAUCACCAAGUCAGGGGCCAGUUAUGCUUAUAUUCUAGAGGCCUUUGGGGGCUUCAUUGCCUUUAUCCGUCUGUGGGUCUCACUGCUAAUUGUUGAGCCCACCAGUCAGGCCAUCAUCGCCAUCACCUUCGCCAACUAUAUCAUCAAGCCCUCCUUCCCCACCUGUGAUCCUCCGUAUGUGGCCUGCCGUCUUCUUGCUGCUGCCUGCAUAUGUCUGCUGACAUUUGUGAACUGUGCCUAUGUCAAGUGGGGCACACGAGUACAAGACACAUUCACAUAUGCCAAGGUUGUGGCACUCAUUGCCAUCAUUGUCAUGGGCCUUGUUAAACUGUGCCAGGGACACACUGAGCACUUUGAGAAUGCCUUUGAGGGUUCCUCGUGGGAUGUGGGAAACCUCUCUCUUGCCCUCUACUCUGCCCUCUUCUCUUACUCAGGUUGGGACACCCUUAAUUUUGUAACAGAAGAGAUCAAAAACCCAGAAAGAAAUUUACCCUUGGCCAUUGGGAUUUCUAUGCCAAUUGUGACACUCAUCUACAUCCUGACAAACGUGGCCUAUUAUACAGUGCUGAAAAUUCAGGAUGUCCAUGACAGUGAUGCUGUGGCUGUGACAUUUGCUGACCAGACAUUUGGCAUGUUUAGCUGGACCAUCCCCAUUGCCGUUGCCCUGUCCUGCUUUGGGGGCCUAAAUGCAUCCAUCUUUGCUUCAUCAAGGUUGUUUUUCGUGGGCUCACGUGAGGGCCACCUCCCGAACCUUCUGUCCAUGAUCCAUAUUGAGCGCUUUACACCUGUGCCAGCUUUAUUGUUCAAUUGCACCAUGGCACUCAUCUACCUCGUCGUGAAAGACGUUUUCCUGCUCAUCAACUACUUCAGCUUCAGCUACUGGUUUUUUGUUGGCUUGUCUGUUGUUGGACAGCUCUACCUUCGCUGGAAAGAGCCUGACUGGCCUCGACCUCUCAAGCUGAGCCUCUUUUUUCCCAUCGUGUUUUGCAUAUGCUCCUUGUUUUUGGUGGCCGUACCCCUCUUCAGUGACACCAUCAAUUCCCUCAUUGGCAUUGGGAUUGCCCUCUCUGGGGUCCCUGUCUACUUCCUGGGUGUUUACCUGCCAGAGUCCCGGAGGCCACUCUUUGUUAGGAAUGUUCUGGCUACUGUCACCAAAGUAACCCAGAAGCUUUGCUUUUGCGUCUUGACUGAGCUGGAUGUAGCAGAAGAGAAAAAUGUUGAGAGGAAAACUGACUAGAAGCCAGAGAUGACAUUCCCUGAAGCCCAGAGACUGUGACCACAGCCACCAAAGACCAGUAACCUAAGCCUUCUGAAUUAAAUGAACCUCUUGGCCCACAUUCUGUAAGGGGGCUCAGGGCCAAUGCUCUCUCUUUGGUAAGCUACGGAAAGAUACUGAUCAGACUAGCCUGAAGAUAGGGAUUUCAGUGGGAGGGGAUGUUGUCUUAGGGGAUUGAUUUUGUUUCACUUCUUCUGGUGGAUAGGUACAGCCUUGUUGGUGCAUUGUAGUGGGCAAAGAGGGAAUGUUAGGUUGACAGCAAUGGCUUAUGGUUCACAGCUAUUUCUAGUUUAAGCCAGGAGUCUUCAUAGUGGGGCUCCUUCAUGGGAAGUUUUCCUCUGACCAAGUCCAGCUACUUGAUUUUAGAGGCCUGAAAUGCUGCCAUUUCUUUCUGUGGCCUACAAUUCUUCCUUAGGGAAAACAUUGUGUUCCCCUUUUUUUGUUGGGUAGCACAAACAGCAAGACUUUAUUUAACUGACAUGGGAUCAAUGUGUGCCCCCUUUCCUGAACUCCACAAGAGGAACAUCAAUCCCUGCCCUGGAACUUCAUGUUCAAGCAAAGAAUAAGCUUGAUGGGAGAAGACUGACUCUUCAGGGUCUGGGCAUGGGUCCUCUGUUGGGACUUCUCAUUUGUGGGUCACUGUGUACAGAGUGCCCACACAUCUCCUUGGGGAGGUGCUGCCUGUCUGAUUGACUUUGCUCAGAUCAUUUUAGCACUGUGGUCAAAAUCCUUAAACAAGGAGAUGAGCUUCCGGCUCAUAAAGAAAUUGGCUUGGCCACUUGAAUGCCUCUUUCCUAGCUGAAGCCAUGGUGCUGUGGAGCCCUUGAAACAUGGGCUGAAAGAAAACCUCACUAUUCCAGCUGAGUGGGAACAUCUCUACUACUACCUGGACAAGUUACUACUGUUACCAAAUUCCAACUCCUAUAUUUCACUAUUUAUUGAUAUUUAAUCCAGGACACCAAUUUUAGCAAACCAAUAGUGAUUAUUUGUCUAUAGGAUGCAAUAAUAAAUUGUUUGAAAAAAAAAAGUACCUUAGCUGGUGUGGUGGUAGACACCUGUAACCUGAGCACUUGGCAUGGUGAUGCAGGAAGAGUUUGAACUUGAGGCUAGCUUAGGCUACAUAGUAAGUUCCAGGCAGCCACUCUGGGCUAACAGGAUCCUGUCUUUUUUUUUAAAAAAAAAAAGUUCAACUUUCAGAGAUGUCAAUGUGGUAGGUCAAAUCUUGACCAUGUUUCACAUAAUCUGUUGGCCAUUACUAUUAUCAUUGUUACUAUUAUGAAGGUGAAGUUAAAGGAUUUUUAGGGCUGGACAUGGUGGUGAGCACCUGUGAUCCUAGCACUCAGUAAGCUGAGACAGGAGUUGCUGAAGUUCACAGCUAGCCUGGGCUACACAGUGAGCCUACAAAGUAAGACCCUGUAUCAAGAACAAAAACAAAGGACAUUUUAAAACAUGUACCUGUUACACUUUAAUAUAUAGAUAAGUCACAUGUUGCUAUCACCUGGCUCAGCUCCAGAUGAGCUGUCCUUGCAUAUUACAGAAGUCUGGUAAUACUGUUAUUUUGAAGGAUAAUCCUUUGUUUUAUUAAGACUUUUGGCCUUUGUUCUGGUUGAUAGAAAGUAAAUCUCUGGAUCUGUUAUAAAGUGUAAGAGGCCUGGAAUGUUUUGGAAUUCGGGUAAAUUACCUGAUUCAUCAGUUCUCAGUGAACUUGGAGAAACCUCAUGGAUUCAAGUCAUCAAAUAGUUUGUUCUCUUUAAGGGCCUGUUGUGAGGUUUGUUGUGUAGACUCAUACAAGCCCUUUCUGGUGCUGGAAGUGGUCGCUAACUUUCUGAAAACCACACUGGCAUCAGGCUUUGUUCGGAAUCAUUUUGGGUCAUGGACUAGCACACCUGUUUGCCUUCUCUUGUCCAAGAGCUGGUGAGAUUAAAAUCUGAAAGUAUAUGGUA